UACCUGAUGACACUACUCUUUUGAGAGUCAGAGAAUCAAAGUCAUUUAAUAAAAAGAUAAUUUACAAUGUAAUAGGAAAAUUUUCACAAACUAAUACUCAAAGGAAUUUCAGUUUUUACUAAAAGAAUUUUAUUGACAGAAAAGUCAGACAUACUUUUAGGAAAAGACAUAAUAAAAAUGGAUUCUCGAAAUUUUACGAUUAAUAAUGGAAUAAUGAAGAGAAGUGAACAUGUAUUUGAAAUAGGAAAUGUUAAUUUGGGAAAAAUGUUUUUUGAUACUUUGAACAGUAAACCGGAAUUUAUCGGCCAGAUUGAUGCUAUAACGGAUACAACAACAACUUAUCAAAAAAUGUCUGAGAAUAGUGUCCGUUGUGCUAUUUGGCUGAAGAAACAUGGCUUAGGUCCCAAUGAUAUAGUUUUUAAUUGCUCGCAUAAUCGAAUGAAUUCUUACAUUCCAAUUUUAGCAACAUUCUACAACGGCUCUACACUUGCUUUUGGCUACAAGGGAAUACAAAUUCAAAUGACCAAAUAUCUAUUUAAAAUUCUAAAGCCAAAAUUUAUAUUCACCGAAGUGGAGGAACUGAAAAUAUUUAGUGAAGUUGCAAUCGAAAUGAAUUUAAAUGUGAAAAUUAUAACUUACACUAAAGUGUUUGAUUAUUAUUACAUAAAUGACAUUCUCAAUGAAUCGACAUCACAUGAAGUGAAUGAAUUUUCUCCUACUGCACCAUUAAAUCCAAACGACGAUUGUAUCUUGCCAUUAACGUCCGGGACGACAGGUGAUUCGAAAAUUCUUUCACACUCCUACAAGGCAAUUAUGGAAGGUCUUUUGGUACAUAAUAUGAAUAAAGAAACUACGAGUAAUGACGUAUCGUUGGUCUAUUUGCCAAUUUACUGGCUAAUUGGCCUGAGGGUUAUGCUGUCAGAUGUUUUGAAUUUUACCACGAGAAUCGUUAUCAAUGAGACUAGUUACGAUUUACACGAGGCUUUUCAAUUGAUUCAAAAGUAUAAGGUUACAAAAGUGCGAUUUUCCCUUGGUAUGAUGUACAGGAUUUUCAAGUGGCGUAAACUAGAAACAUAUGACAGAUCUUCACUAAAAACAUUAACAUUCAAUGGAGUGAAACUACCAGCGGAAAUGAUUAAGUUCAUGAUGACAGUGGCAAAGAAUGGCAUUGUUGAGCAGACAUAUGGUGCAACUGAAAUGUCAAUACCAAUGUCUCGUGGAAUAAUGAACAAAAUUGAUCCUAACUCGUGUGGCUCUCUGUAUCCGAAUAUGUCAAUGAAAGUUAUUGACGUUAGAUCGGGUGAAAAUUUAGGACCAAAAGAAUCUGGCGAAAUUUGCUUUAAAUCACCGUACUUAAUGAAGGGUUACUGCAAACAUCCUGAGGCUACUGCAAGAGCUAUCGAUCCAGAAGGAUGGUAUCAUACUGGUGAUUUGGGUUAUUAUGAGGAAUCUGGAUUGGUUUUUGUUCUUGGAAGAGUAAAGAACAGUAAAGUUUUGCCUAAUGGAAAAAUAAUACCACUUUGGCAAAUCGAGCGUUCUUUACUUUUGAAUUCGGAAGUUAUUGAAACAAUCGUUUUAACGUCUGACGAAAAUUCGGAUACUUACAAACUUUUUGCAUUCGUUGUACUCCUUUCUGGUUCAAAGAUUACUGAAAAAGAACUCAGUGAGAUUGUCAAUGAUUUUACUGACAUUGAAUUUCCCGUUAUUGUCAAAAUUGUUGACGAACUGCCACUAACAAAAACAGGAAAAGUUAACUUGUGGAAAUUAAAGAAGAGAGUACUUUAAAAAAAAUUCCGAGAGCUUUGAGAAUAAAAUUUUAUUGUUUGAUAAUUUCAAGAAAACUGUGCAAUUAUGAUACUGAAAAGAAUCAAUUCUUGAUUUGAUCUACAUUUUUGGUUUCAAUUCGUUGCAAUUUUAUAUAUUUUUAAGUUAACAGUCAGGAUAUCAAAUUGAGACAAAAAACGUGUCAAAAUAUAGUUGCGAAGCAACGUUUUACUCAAUUUAAUAUCCUUGGAAAAACUGUUAUGAUUUUAUUAUGCAAUUGAA